AUGAAAAUAAUAUCACAACAACAACAACAGCAACAAUUUAAUAACAGUAAUGAUAACAGCAACAACAACAAUACUAGUAACAGUAGAAAUAAUACCAGUAAUAGUAACAACAUCACAACUAGACAUACGUCACAAUUUAGUCAAUAUCAACAGCAGUUGCCAUCCACUAUAAAUAGUAAACCACAACAACAACAACAACAGCAGCCAUCACCAAAUAAUAAUUCCAAUAUUACAUUAACUAAACAGCAACAUGUUGCACAUACAAACUAUAUGAAUAUAGCUGCCAAUAAUGAUAGUUGUAGCAGCAGCAAUGACAACAACCAUAUGAUGCCACGCCACAAUAUAAAACAAUUUAUGCAAAACCACCUGAAUAUAAAUAACACCCACCAAAAUCUACAACAACAACAGCAACACCUUAACACACAUGUUAAAAAUUCAGCAGCAGUAGAAACUGCAGCUGUUGUCAGCAAUGUUGCUGCUGCUUUAACACCUUUAAGUGUUACAUCUAGUGGUGGUGGUAAUGCUAUUGGUAUGGACACUAUGUUUAUGUAUCAGCAACAAUUGAAACAAUUUUAA